AUGCACCUCCUCACAGAAUCUAACAUCGCAACCAUCCUCACCUCCCUGACACCCUCUCAAGGCCAGGAAUUUCUCAACAUCCUCAUUCAAUCUCUGACUUCUCUAAACACCAACAAUGCCAUCCACCAGCCUGCUAGAACCAGCAUCGUAACCGACCAGAGCACCGCCCUGUUCAUGCCCGUCUCCAACACCACCACGACCGGAAUCAAGAUCGUCCAUGUGCCCCGCGCCCGUCCCAUCGCGGGGGUCAUCAACCUGUUAGACCCGGAAAAUGGCCACCUGCUGGGCAUCCUAGGUGCAGCAGAGAUAACAGCCUUCCGCACGGCCCUGGCGACCAUGACGCUGUUCGUGCGAGCUACAGGCGAACAGACGGGAAUUAAACGAGAGAACAUUGUGGUGUUUGGUUCCGGACGACAGGCGGAGUGGCAUGCGCGAUUGGCGCUGCUCCUCUCCCCUCCCGGAAGUACCAAAUCCAUUACGUUUGUGAAUCGUGGGCGCGCUCGGUUACAGGCGCUGGAGGAGAAGGUGUUUCCGGUGCUGCGGGGGGAGUAUCCGGGGGUGACCAUGGAUACGUUGUCCCAGGAGACUCUUUCCCAGGACGAAUACGAGGCUCGUCUACAGGGUCUUUUGGGAGGGAGUGAUGUUAUCUUCAGCUGUACUCCGGCUACGGAGCCUAACUUUCCCUUCGCUUAUCUCCAACAACAACACCCGAAACGGCGUUUUCUCGGCUUGAUUGGAUCUUACAAGCCACAGAUGCAAGAGAUAGAUACUGAGACUCUGUUGUCUGGUGGCGGGAAAAUCUAUGUAGAUUCCAAAGAAGCAUGCCUGGAGGAAUCCGGUGAGUUGAUUCGGGCGGGCGUGACUGAAGACCAAUUGGUGGAGAUUGGCGGGGUGUACUCCCCCGCUGGGUUGCAGAUAGAGGGCAGCAGCAACGUGGUGUUUAAAUGCGUGGGCAUGGGGCUUAUGGACCUGGUGAUUGCCAAACAAGUACUAGAAGUAGCGAUCAAACAAGGACAAGGCAUGAACGUGGAGGGAUUUGCCUAA